UGGCUAAAUCAAUCAUAUGAUGCUAUAGAUAAAACCUGUAUUCACUAUAUUUAAUCGUACUUAUACACACAGAUUUAACAAAUAUUCUUUAUAUUCGGUAGAAGGAAAGCGAUUUUAAUUCGCGACGGUUAAAUUAAUUUUCUACAAGUACUGAAACUAGAAAAUAUGAACUUAAUAGCAGCGCUUCCGAUCAAAGGACUCUUGUUUACCCUAGUCUUGAUCGUACAGACGCAUGGAUUAUCAGUUUCGAUAAACCUUGACCCGGAGCCCACCUGGGAAGCAUGGAAGUCCCAUCAAGGAAAGGUGUACGCGUCAGCGGAUGUUGAGCAGAGGCACCGGAAGUGGUGGGAGGAAAACCGGGGGCUGGUCCGCGAGCACAACAGCCGGACGGAUGUGACGUUUACCCUGGAGCUGAACGACCGCGCCGACAUGGAGCCUCGUCCAAGGCCAAAGGAAAUGCAAAUCAACGAUAUCCACAUUGGCAGUGAGAGGCUACAGUUUGCCCCAGACUCUUGGGACUGGCGAAACAAGGGGGCCGUGUCGCCCGUCAAGAACCAGGGGCAGCUGGGAGACCCGCAGUCUAUAGGGGCGGGCGAAUGUAUGGAGAGCUUCCAUUUCAUACAGACUGGCCAGCUCCUCGAGCUGAGUACUGCUGAGGUGCAUGACUGCUGCACGCAGGGGGGUCUAGCGGUCCCGGACAUUUUCACGUGCAUUCACAACAUCGGCGGCCUCUGCUCACAGUCCGGAUAUCCGAUGAGUCAGGGAUCGUGUAAAAACAGCUCCUGUUCCGCAGCAGCGCAGGUAACUGGCGGACAGAGGGUAAAGUCGGGCGACGAAGAUGCCAUGAAGACAGCGGUGUACGGCCGUCCCGUGUUGGCGCUGGUGGACGCUAGCCACGCAUCAUUCCAGUUGUACCGGAGCGGUAUUUACAGCGAGCCGGCCUGCUCUCCCACACGGGUUGACCACGCCCUCCAGGUGGUAGGGUAUGGCUCAGAUGGCGGAAAGGACUACUGGAUCUGCAAGAAUAGUUGGGGCAAAUCUUGGGGCAUGGAUGGGUACAUCUGGAUCGCCCGGAACAAAGGGAACAUGUGCGGGAUAGCCAGCUUCGUCUCUUUCCCCGUCUAGUGGGCACCAGGCUUAAAGGGACAUUUACCCUUGGUUAAAUGUUAACCACAUCAGUGUUAAUUAUGUUUUGUAACACACCGUUUAAAUGUCACUUCCUGGCAUCCAUGUUCCCCUCGUGGCCAAAAAUCUCGUGGACACCGUGUUUAAAUAUAAUUUUCAAUCAUUGACUAUAUUUUCAUUGUAAAAUUGGAAUAAAGCAAUUCUUUUUCUA